AUGAAUAUUUUUAUGAGGGAACCUUCUACCAGAGAUGGGCCAGGACCAAACCAAGCAGCAGAUAGAGAAGGGUCUAAAGCUGUACCAGUCGAAUCAGACAGACAAAGCCCUGCACGUCUGGACAAAAGUGUUGGAAAAAUCCUCGGAUCCUGGAGGGAAGUUUCGGGUUUUGGGGUGCCUGAUCACAGCUCACUCAGAACUUGGAAAAUAUAAGGAGAUGCUCAAGUAUGCCCUAGCUCAGAUUGACACUGCCAGAGAGAUGGAGGACCCAGACUACCUGACAGAAGGCUACCUGAACUUGGCACGCAGCAAUGAGAAGUUAUGUGACUUCCAGAAAACAGUCUCCUACUGUAAGACCUGCUUAAACAUGCAGGGUACCACUGUCAGCUUACAGCUCAAUGGCCAGGUAUGUCUCAGCAUGGGCAAUGCCUUCCUUGGCCUCAGUGUCUUCCAGAAAGCCUUGGAGAGCUACGAGAAGGCCCUCCGCUACGCACACAACAACGACGACAAGAUGUUGGAGUGCCGAGUGUGCUGCAGUCUGGGGAACUUCUAUGCCCAGCUCAAGGACUACGAGAAAGCCUUGUUCUUCCCCUGCAAAGCAGCUGAGCUGGUCAACGACUACGGUAAGAGCUGGAGCCUCAAGUAUCGUGCCAUGAGCCAAUAUCACAUGUCCGUGGCCUACAGGAAGCUGGAGCGUCUGCCCGAUGCCAUGGAGUGCUGCGAGGAAUCCAUGAAGAUUGCAUUGCAGCAUGGCGACCGUCCUCUCCAGGCUCUGUGCUUAUUAAACUUUGCAGAUAUUCACCGCUGCAGGAGAGACGUUGAAAAAGCAUUCCCUCGCUAUGAAUCUGCAAUGUGUAUCAUGACAGAGACGGGAAAUCGUCUUGGACAAGCGCAGGUCUAUCUGGGAGUAGCAAAGUGCUGGCUACUCAAGAAAGAUCUAGAUAAGGCUCUGGAGUCAUUGCAGCGUGCUCAAGAGGUGGCCGAGGGAGUAGGAAACAAGCUUUGCAUACUGAAGGUUCAUUGCCUGAGUGAGGGGAUCUUCCGCAGUCAAGGGCAGCAGGAGUUGCUGAGGGAGCAUGUGGUGAAGUGCCUGCAGUGUGUGGAGGAGCUGGAGCUUUACUGUGGAAUGUGUGGCGAGUCCAUUGGGGAAAAGGACCAACUGCUGCAGGCCUUACCCUGUUCCCAUAUUUUCCACCUCAAGUGCCUGCAGACAAACGGGACAAAAGGUUGUCCUAAAUGUCGCCAGGCCUCCAUGAAGCCUGGUUUUGUGUGAUUGUGCGGCGACGUUUACACAUUGGAACUGCAGCAUAACGCCUCAACCUCGUCCACAUAAGCUCCUGACUGAACUGAGAGAAGCGGGACGGCUUUGGAUGUGCUGACUCUACACGAGGAGUCUG